UCAGUCUUUUCCCCCCUUUUUUUGUGUGUACCAAAAUGUGGGGACACAACAUUUUUCACACCGAACAAAGCACACCAUUGACUUUUAUGCAAAUCCCUUUCUUGGUUCUCUUAUAUCUGUUCAAUUAGCAUGUAAUGAACUCAUCCAUCAGAUAGCAAGAAAUAUCUCAUCAAAUGGAGAGACCAAGCAAGUGGAGGUCUGUGCUUCCGUCUUCCUUUGUUUUAGUACUCCCAUUCCUGAUCAGCCUUCUAUAUCCCAACUGCGAAUUCACAUAUGCAAGAGACACACUCCUUCCAGGACAAUCUCUUAACUCUAGCCAGAUCCUGCUCUCAAAUAAUGGCAUCUUCAAGUUGGGUUUCAACUGCUCAGUCAGGGAGUAUUAUGAUGGGUAUUGCGGUUUUGGCAUCUGGUUCACUACCUCAUGGUCUUGUCAUCUUGAUUAUUUACCACUUUGGCAACCUCAUUUGGUUUUCGAUUUUGAUUGUGAUUUAUCAUCAGUUAGCCUCUCAGAGGAUGGCAUGCUACAUAUAACUGACAGCAAAGGCACUCGCCUUUUGAUCUCAGAUUACACGAUCAACCCUUCUAUCCCUGCUAUUGCAGUGCUUCUUGAUGACGGAAAUCUUGUAUUAACUGACCAAAGAAACAGUUCCGUGGUGCUUUGGCAGAGUUUUGAUUACCCGACUGCUAGUGCUGUACUGCUCCCUGGAAUGCGCUUGGCGGGGCUCAGUCCAUUCAUGGGAAAUAACGUGUCGCUUAUUUCUUAUACUAGUGAGUAUGACUAUGAUUUGGCAGGUUUUACUCUGCAGCUGGAUGCAACAAGAAGGCGAGGUUUUAUUAUCCAGCAAAAUCCUACCGGUUUGGUGUUUGCUGGUACUUUUCCUAGCUGGAUAAACAUUCGCAAAGAUGGAGAUUUUGCGCUCACAUUAAAUGAGACACAUACAUAUAUGCGUUUAAAUAGCUCUGGGUUUAUUGAAUUUGCUUCUCAAGAGGCAUGCAGUUCUGUUUUAUGGUCUGCUCCAGAAAGUAUAUGUGACUUUGAUUCGUACUGUGGACCUUAUGGCCUCUGCACAAGGUCAGGCUCUUGCAUAUGUCCUGCUGGUUUCUGGCCAUCGAUCACAAACCCAUGGAAUGUUCUUGGCUGUUUGGGGGAGGUGCGGCAGAUGCCUAUAAGUUGUGAAAGAGGCAGUUCAGCUCAUCCAGAUGUGCAAUUUUAUCCAAUAGAUGGCAUCUAUAGGUUUCCUAAAGAUUCUUACAGCACAGAUGCCAGAAGCAUGAACGAGUGUGAAACCUCUUGCAUAAGGAACUGUACAUGUACUGCCUUUGCUUACAAUGUAACCUGCCUGUUAUGGUUUGGGGAGCUACGAAGCACAGUAGUGCUUGACUCUGGGUCUAAUGGCAGUCGUUUGUACAUAAGUACGUCCACCAUACAGCAGCAGCAGCACCACCACCAACAACAAUCAGGUUUUAGAGCUUCUCUGUUUCUGUUGGUAUUGGCUGUGCCAGCCAUCAUUGUUAUUAGUCUGAUUAUUUUGUGGAGAUGUAGAACAAAGUUAUUCACAACAAGAAAUGUGUAUGAAAAUGAAAGCCUUGUGGUUUUCUCAUUUGCGCAAAUAAGGAACUCAACAAAACAAUUCUCUGAAAUACUCGGAGAAGGUGGUUUUGGCUGUGUUUUCAAGGGAACAUUGCCAGGUUCCGUUGUAGUGGCUGUCAAGAAGCUAAAAGGCCUUGGACAGGGAGAGAAGCAGUUUCGAGCAGAGGUCCAGACCAUUGGGAUGAUUAAUCACAAGAAUCUUGUUCGUCUACUUGGAUUCUGUGCUGAUAGCAAUAACAGGUUGUUGGUCUAUGAGUACAUGGAAAAAGGUUCCUUAAGUUCGCAUCUCUUUUCUACAGAUUCUGCAAAGUUGAGCUGGGAAUUGCGGUACCGUAUAGCUCUUGGAACAGCAAGAGGCUUAUCUUAUCUGCAUGAGGAGUGCAAGCAUUGCAUUAUACACUGCGAUAUGAAGCCGGAUAAUGUUCUUCUUGAUGCAGACUUUUGUCCAAAGAUUGCAGACUUCGGUAUGGCAAAGCUUCUUGGUCGAGAUUUCAGCAGGGCCCUAACAACAAUGCGAGGGACCAUCGGAUAUCUUGCACCGGAGUGGAUCUCAGGGUUACCAAUCACACAUAAGGCUGAUGUCUACAGCUAUGGAAUGAUGCUUUUUGAAAUCAUAUCAGGACGAAGGAAUGCAGAGAAAAUUAAGGAAGGGAAGUUUACUUACUUUCCCAUCUUUGCUGCAGUCAAGGUGAAUGAAGGAGAUGUUAUGUGUCUAUUGGAUAGUAGGUUGGAAGGUGAUGCAGAUGUGGAGCAGCUGACCAGAGCUUGUAGAAUUGCAUGCUGGUGCAUCCAAGAUGCUGAAGAUCAUAGGCCAAAGAUGGGGCAAAUUGUUCAAAUACUAGAGGAUGGUCUGGCUGUCGAAGUACCUCCAGUUCCAAGGUUACUGCAGAAUUUUAUGGGCACGUAUGAUUGAUUGCACUCGCUCUACAGAUUUUUUUUUUUUAUGUAGUACCUCAAAGACUGAAAGCCUUUUUAUGUUUGUCCAAACCUAUGUCAAGAAUUAAGUAUCCAGA